GCUCGUCUGGAACAUUGUCUGGCUCCCGUGGCUGAGGAUCUACACACGCCGCAUUUUUGGCCUUUCUUCCGCAAUUCAACAUCAUGCAAUCCUUCAUCUUUCUCUUGCUUACACUAACAUCAGCGCAAGUGAUGGCGAAGCGGCAACGUCCUCAAGCCAUCGUAUACCGCGGGCCAGCCGCUUCCGAAGGCCUGCCCGAGUCCGUGGCGUACCUUCUACAAAGUUCUCCACGAAACUUUGAGGUCAGAUAUGCAGGUCCCAAUGAAGACCUCUCCAUUUCUGCCGAGACUCUGCGUGAUAUAUCGCUGUACGCACAACCAGGUGGCCCAGAUGUCGACGAAGCCUGGGAUGAGCUCGAACCCUUUGCCACUCCAAUCCGCGACUUCGUAGCAGGCGGUGGCCGGUACCUUGGUUUCUGUCUGGGCGCAUAUCUCGCUGGGCAUUCUCCUGGACUCAACCUAGUACCGAAGAAUACAGACGUCGGUUCCGAGAUUGAGCAAAAUGAUGCCCAGAUCACAGAUGAUAAAGAUUCGAUCAUUCAGAUCGACUGGACCUACUCAUCGGGAGAAAAGGCUGGUCAGACGGUAAACAACACAUGGAUCUACUUCCAAGAAGGUGCCGUCAUGGAGAACUUCAAGCCUGACAACACGACAUUCAUCCUCGGACGGUACUCGAAGAAUGGCGAUGUGGCUGCGUCGGUAAGCCAGUACGGAAAGGGUUGGGUUGGGCUGAUCGGGCCUCAUCCGGAGGCGGAUCAGACUUGGUUCGACGAAUAUGACCUCGACCAUCCAGAUGGCCUGAGAUACGACAUCGGCUACGACUUGAUCGAGGCCACCAUGAAUGGAGGACCGCAGAAAAGCAACACGUCGCAGACACAAGGAGCAUCCCCAACGCAAGAUCAACCGCCAGCCCAAUACACUUCGGGAGCUUCUCGGAGCACCGUCACUCUUGGGUCAGCAGCGAUACUUCCUGCGCUCAUGCUCUCAGCGUUAGUCUAGACUAAUGACCCAAAAGAGGAGAUACGAAGGCCGAGUGAAUGGUACCAUCCGUAGAUCAAUACGAUGUGUUAUCAG